GCCGGGCUGCGGGCGCGCUCUGCGGGCUGCAUGUGCGGACUGCGGGCGCUGCUGGGGCUCGGCCUGCUGGUUGCUGGCUCGCGGCUGCCGCGGGUCAGAAGCCCAGCUGGCGUCUGCCGCUCGGGACGCGUCUGGUGGGCGUCGCCGCGGCUGAGUUCGGGGGGACACGGAGACCCAGGGGCCAUGGCGAGCACAGCGGUGAAGUAUCUCAGCCAGGAGGAGGCCCAGGCGGUGGAUCAGGAGCUGUUUAACGAGUACAAGUUCAGCGUGGACCAACUUAUGGAGCUGGCUGGGCUGAGCUGUGCCACAGCCAUUGCCAAGGCAUAUCCUCCCACAUCCUUGUCCAGGAGCCCCCCAACGGUCCUCAUCAUCUGUGGCCCCGGGAAUAAUGGAGGAGAUGGCCUGGUCUGUGCUCGACACCUCAAACUCUUUGGCUACCAGCCAACCAUCUACUAUCCCAAAAGGCCUAACAAGCCACUCUUCACCGCGCUGGUGACCCAGUGUCAGAAGAUGGACAUCCCUUUCCUUGGUGAAAUGCCUUUAGAGCCUCUGAUGAUUGAUGAGCUGUACGAGCUGGUGGUGGACGCCAUCUUUGGCUUCAGCUUCAAGGGUGAUGUUCGGGAGCCAUUCCAGAGCAUCCUGAAAGUCCUGAGUGGAAUCACUGUGCCCAUUGCAAGCAUCGACAUUCCCUCAGGGUGGGAUGUGGAGAAGGGAAACUCAGAAGGGCUCCAGCCAGACAUGCUCAUCUCCCUGACAGCACCCAAAAAGUCUGCAACCCAGUUUACUGGUCGCUACCACUACCUGGGGGGUCGUUUUGUACCACCUGCUCUGGAAAAGAAGUAUCAGCUGAACCUGCCCUCCUACCCUGACACUGAGUGUGUCUACCGUCUGCACUGAGGGAAGGUGGGUGGGCAUUCUCCCCAAUAAAGACUUAGUGCCUAUCUUUCCCAGAA